CGGGAGUUGAACCGUGUGGAACAACAACAACAACUUGUGUGCCCUAGUGUGUGUGUAUGUGUAAGUAAGAGAGAGAAGAGACUAGUGCUUGGGAGGAAAGCUGUUCUUCCUCCCUCCUUCUCUUUCUCUUUGGUUCAAACCCUAUUCGUCCGUGUUCCAAACUCACCCCUCUGUGUGCGAGGAGCUCACCUUUCGGUAUCAGUUCAUAUGAUCGCUUGGGAGUACGAGUCCUUUGCCCUGACUGGCUGACGGGCUACUACUAUUCCGACCGAGUCCUACUGUUCCUCACUUGCAUGCGAGUGUGUAUGUAUUUGUGCAGGGAUCUAUCUACCUUUCGAAGGGAAGGGACUUUUUCAUGACUCACUAAAUAAGCGAGGGGAACAUUAUUUUUCGAGCGAUCGAUCCCAAAGUUCAAGUUCCGAAAGUGUUCAAUGUGAGGAACAUGCUAUUGUUCAACGAGAAUGAGACGAAACCGGAGGAAAAAAAGGUGUUGUGAUUAGCCAGUUGAAUCUACAACAAAAAUGUGUCGUGGGCUAUUGGUCAGACCGUUGCCAUCGAGGCGACUGCUGUGGGUGUUUGUGUUGGUGAUCUGCUCCAGGAUCCACUCAUCUUGGGAAACAUCUGUGAAAGGCUCGGAGUGUGGUUUCCCCGGUGUGCCACUUAACGGGUCCAUCCACGGGUCAUCGCUUCUCUUUUUGGAAGGCGAAGAGGUCACGUAUUACUGCGAUGAGGGAUUUGUCCUCUUUGGUGAGGAAAAACGCGCUUGUGGGACGAAUGGAUCGUGGAUCGGGUCUCUUCCGGAAUGCAAAUUGAAUUUAGCACUGGGCAAAUCCUCAUUGCAAUCCUCCACGUUGUGGAGCUACGAUCCGGGUUUGGCCGUGGAUGGUGAUCCAGAUUCUUGCAGUUUCACCCCGAGAUCCUCUGAGCAACGAUGGUGGCAAGUCCAUUUGGGCGAUGCUGUCACCAUUCAAGCAGUGGCUGUGACCAUCUCCCCAGGGGCGUAUCAACAAUUCACCAUCUUCGUCAUAGAGCUGUUGGAAGGCAAUAAGGCCAUGUACAAGCCGUGCUCAAAGUUCGAGGGCAAGUUCGAGAACAAGAAGGCCGUGUUCUUGUGCAAUGAUGGCGAUGGUCACCCUGGUCAAUUUGUCUACAUCAGGGAUGACAGAGAAGAACAAGAAUAUUUUGGCCUCUGCGAAGUCGAAGUCUUUGAAUACAAAAGUAAGUACUCUGAGGGAAGUCCACUCACUCACUGAUGGUGAGCUUGUGCGGGAACGAAAGUUGUUUUUCAUUCAUCCUGGCCAUAUGACCUUUAUAACUCCUAAGGCCCAUUUCAAGGCUUGGAACUAAAUCUUAUUCCCAAACCCUCCGGCGAAGGCUCUUUUUUGUCAGUCGUUCGUGCCAUGACCGUUCAACUCAUCGGGUUCGCCAUCAAAAAAGAGAAGUCAAUUUCUCAAGCCUAUCUUUUGAACACAAGUUCAUUGCAGAGAACGAGCACAACAAGAAGAAGAGGGAAAAAAACCGAACCCACGGUACCAACUGGUACG